AUGAACGACGCCAUCACUCUCAUGUGCCUCGUGUUUGGCGAGACGUCCGACCGCGCCUUCUCGGUCGACAUCAACAAGACCGCGACUGUCGGCCAUCUCAAGGACCUGAUAAAAUUGAAGAAACAAAAUGAUUUCCGCGACAUUGAUGCAGACAAGCUCACACUCUUCCGCGUCUCUAUCUCCAUUGACAACGACAUCGACCUUGAUGAACUCGAAACACGCAUGGAUAUCAAUGACGAAACAAAUGGCGUUCAGAAGCUCCACCCCGCGAAAAAGAUUAGCACGGCUUUCCCCGAUGAACCGGCUGGGGAACACAUUCAUAUCAUCGUCCAACCGCCGCCGCCUGCAUAUGCUG